AUGGACCCUUAUCUGGAUGAAAAUGGACUCCUUAGAGUGGUAGGACGCAUCACCAACUCAAAUUUGACCCAAGGUGAGAAGAACCCGCUUAUAGUUCCAGGCCACCACCAUGUUGCAACUCUUCUAAUAAAGCGCUACCACGAUAAGGUCCAGCAUCAAGGUCACCUGUUUACUGAAGGAGCUAUACGUUCUGCAGGAUGGUGGAUAGUGGGUGGCAAGGGAAAGCAGGACCAAAACUUUAUUGAACAGUGGUGGCUGUUAUACAAGACGGCCAUUGUAACAAGUGACGUUGUCAACCAUUUCAUGGUGUCUUGGUCUGCUCUCACUGUGAGCGGAAACCUGCUUGUGAUAAUCUCCAUUAUUUAUUUCAAACAGCUCCAAACUCCCACAAACUACCUCAUCCUGUCAUUGGCUGUUACUGACCUGCUUGUUGGAGUUUUAGUAUUUCCUUUCAGUAUGACAUUCGCUGUGAGCUCAUGUCUGCAUCAUGAGAAUUUCUUUUGCAAAAUACGGGACAGCUUUGACGUUAUACUGUGCACAUCUUCAAUUCUAAACUUGUGCUGCAUUUCCAUUGACAGAUAUUAUGCGGUGUGUGAGCCUCUGACCUACAGGACAAAAAUAAACACUCAGGUAACUUUGGUUAUGAUCAUUGUGAGCUGGGUAGUCUCAGCUCUAAUUGGAAUUGGCAUCACAAUUGCAGGAUUCAGUCAAGGUACGUGUGAAGAAACAUGCUCAGCUGAUGUUAUAGUGGCCAACACAAUGGGGCCUGUUUUUUCUUUUUAUUUCCCUGCAGUCAUAAUGCUCUGUAUUUACUUAAAGAUUUUCCUUGUUGCGCAGAAACAAGUGCACAGCCUUCAGAACGCAAACAGUCUCGGUACGAAGUCUGGAGCAGCUGUUAGCAGGAUGGAGAGAAAAGCCACCAAAACCCUUGCCGUUGUUAUGGGAGUUUUUCUUUUGUGUCUCACUCCAUACUUUUUUUGUGUUGUCUUCCAGCCUUUAUUUUAUAGUCCACCACCAGCUCCUGUGAUUGAAACACUUAACUGGCUCACUCUUUCUAAUUCAAUGCUGAAUCCUUUAAUUUAUGCUUUCUUUUAUAGCUGGUUUCGAUCAGCUUUCAGGAUGGUAAUUUCUGGAAAAAUUUUCCACAGUGAUUUAGCCAACUCCAAGCUGUUUUGA